CUUUAUUUUACUUUAUUCAUUUAUAUUGAACAUGGCACAUUUUGAUAAAGCAGAGUCAAUAGCAACAAAUACUUUAUUAAUUCCUGAUAUACCCAUUUAUUUCUUUGGCUGCGAUGAUGCCAUGUUAACUAUUCAUGAUGCCUUUGCUGAGUUUGGACCUUUAUAUACAUUCGUGCCCAUGAAGGGAUUUAGACGAUUAAUGAUCAUUUUUCAAGAAACAAUUCAUGCAAUGAAUGCAAAAAAGGCAUUAGAUAGAUUUAUUAUGGUCUGGAAAGAGAAUCCCUCUUCUUUUCCUGAUAUUAUUACGCUUAUUACGAGGAAUAAAGAAAUAGAACAGACAUGGAUAGAUGCAAACAAUCAAAUUAGACAAUUUAGAGUUUAUUAUGGACAGCACUAUACUAUACAUGUCGAUCCAAAUUCUAAUUCACUUCAAGUGCCACACUUUCAACGCAAUUUACUUAUUUCUCCACCUGGCUCACCUUUUGAAGGAUGGGAACAAAUCGAAGAGGAUUCUCCAAACCAAGCAGUGUUAGCAUCCGAUCUAAUUCAUGCGGCAGAAAUAUCAGAUUAUGAACUUGAUGAUGAUACCCUUGAUUUAGAGGAAAGAAGUGACACAGAGUUGGAAUCGACACUGAAACCAGUACCCAAGACAGUUGCUAUUAUUUGCUCUAAAGGGACAAAACAACCAGAGAAUCUACCAUCCAUUAAUGUACAAGAUUGGGACGAAUAUAGUGGUAGUGAAGAUAAAAGUCUAAACAUCAAAGCAGGCACGACAAAGACUAAAAUAGUACCAACAGCAAUGCCUCCUAUGAAGUAGUAAAUAUUUAUAACUUGAAUUUGUAAAAUGUCUCUUUUAAUGCCCUUCCCCCUCUUUAUAGAUUAGGUAAUACAAGAAAUUGUAUAACAUAAAGUAGUGUAAAAUUUAAUUUACGUCUAAAAUGAAUAAAUAUGUAUUCGUAUUAAUGAAGAAAA